AUGUUAACGUCAUUGCCCUUGUUCCAGCUUCUGAGCGUCCGCCUCGAGGAACUACGUGUGGCAACCGCCAAGGAUCCUGCUCUGUCGACCAUCCGAUCCUAUGCCGAGACUGACUGGCCGGAAAACAAAGAGGACGUCCCAGCAUGUGCCAGGCCAUUUUGGGCGUAUCGAGAAGAGAUGCAUACACAAGAUGGCCUCGUCUUUCGCAGCAACAAGAGGCUGAUGGGUCGACAGACGAGAACACUGCUCCCGGUUCCCUCCUGCCACCUGAAGCCGGCACCAUUGCCCAGCAGGAAGGUGCACUCCCGUCUCCAGGAGAUUCGCCACAAGCAGAAGGUCUACUACAAUCGAGGUGCUCGGGACCUGCGCGCCCUCUCACCGGGUCAGAGGGCCUCGUUGUACGACACGCACACACGGACGUGGUCCCCGGUCGUUGUGCUGGGAUCAGCGGGAGCUCCACGCUCCGUACUGGUAAAAAACAGAAGAUGGCCGAGAAAUGCGACGCACACGGGAACAUCUCCGGGAGGUUCCAGAGCUACCAUGCCCCGACACUACCACACUCCUUCCUCAGGCUUGCCAGGCUCGGGACCCGUUCCAGAGCCGCCACUACCACGGAGAAGCACUCGGGAACGUCGCGAGCCUCGUCGGUACCCCAUGCCAGAGCGACCUAUAUUGCCCCAAGGAAAGGAAGAUGUAACCGAGUUGGCACGGCCGCGAUAGCGAGCGCAAGCUGUCGCUCCUACGUAAGCCGUGACGUCACCCGCCUGGCCUACUUAACUCGUCACUAUAGGCAAUAAACGUUGUUCGACCCAUGA